CAUGGAGGUGGAGAUGAGCGAGAACCAGGAGGAGAGGAGCCGGGAGGCGGCCACGGAGAGCCAGGAGGCCGGGGAGAGGAGCCAGGAGGCCGGGGAGGGCUCGUCCCGGAGCCCCGGGGCCUACGAGCUGCCCUGGGUGGAGAAGUACCGGCCGCUGAGCCUGGGCGGGAUCGUGGGCAACGUGGAGACCGUGAGCCGCCUGGAGGUGUUCGCCCGGGAGGGCAACGUGCCCAACAUCAUCAUCUCAGGCCCCCCCGGCACGGGAAAGACCACCAGCAUCCUGUGUCUGGCCCGAGCGCUGCUGGGAGCGUCGAUGAAGGACGCGGUGCUGGAGCUCAACGCCUCCAACGAGCGUGGAAUCGAUGUGGUGAGGAAUAAAAUCAAGAUGUUCGCUCAGCAGAAGGUCACGCUGCCCAAAGGUCGCCACAAGGUCAUCAUCCUGGACGAGGCCGACAGCAUGACGGACGGCGCCCAGCAGGCCCUCAGGAGGAUCAUGGAGAUCUACUCCAAGACUACUCGCUUCGCUCUGGCCUGUAACGCCUCCGAUAAGAUCAUCGAGCCGAUCCAGUCGCGCUGUGCGGUGCUGCGUUACUCCAAGCUGACGGACGGGCAGAUCCUGGCCCGCCUGCAGGAGGUCGUGGAGAAGGAGCGUCUGUCCGUGUCCGACGACGGGCUGGAGGCCGUCAUCUUCACGGCCCAGGGAGACAUGAGACAGGCGUUGAACAACCUGCAGUCGACCAACUCCGGCUUCGGCUACAUCAACAGCGAGAACGUGUUCAAGGUGUGUGACGAGCCCCACCCCCUGCUGGUGAAAGGCAUGCUGGGACACUGCGUGGAGGGGAAGAUCGACGAGGCCUACAAGGUGGUGGAGCAGCUGUGGGCGCUGGGCUACUCCCCAGAGGACAUCAUCGGAAACAUCUUCAGGGUCUGCAAGACCUUCCAAAUGGCCGAGUACCUGAAACUGGAGUUUAUUAAGGAGAUCGGUUACACUCACAUGCGAGUGGCUGAAGGAGUGAACUCUCUGCUGCAGAUGGCCGGACUCCUCGGGCGCCUGUGCAGCAAGACGACCACGCCCCCCGCCAGCUGA